CCUAACAGAAGAGGAGGAUAGAAACAAAGAUCCACCGGUUGCGUAAAGACUGAGAGAGAGAGCAUUGGUUGCGUUGUGUGACUUGUGUCCUCAUCCAAAAUCUCUAUCUUUGCUUUUGGUUUUGGUUUAACAGAGAAGAGAAUCUCAAAAUCUAUGGAGCAGUUCAAAGGGCAGUCUCGCCUCCCCAAAUUCGCUGUUCCGAAACGCUACGACAUACGCCUCAAACCAGACCUCACCGCCUGCAACUUCGCCGGCUCCGUCGCCAUCCACCUCCACAUCGUCGCCGAUACCACCUUCAUCGUCCUCAAUGCCGCCGAUCUCUCCGUCCAUUCUGCCUCCCUUUCCUUCGACUCUUCUUCUUCUUCUUCUUCUUCUAAGGUUUUGGAGCCUUCAAAAAUUGAAUUGGUUGAAGCGGAUGAGAUUUUGGUUCUGGAAUUCCCUCACCCGCUUCCCCUUGGAAUCGGAGUUCUCAAUAUCGCUUUUCAAGGAACUUUGAACGAUAAAAUGAAGGGCUUCUAUAGAAGUACAUAUGAGCAUAAUGGUGAGAAAAAGAAUAUGGCAGUUACGCAGUUUGAACCAGCUGAUGCUAGGCGAUGCUUUCCAUGUUGGGAUGAACCUGCCUGCAAGGCUACAUUCAAAAUCACACUGGAUGUGCCAUCUGAACUAAUAGCUCUUUCCAACAUGCCAAUCAUUGAAGAAAAAGUGGAUGGGCAUCUGAAGACAGUUUCAUAUCAAGAAUCACCAAUAAUGUCUACAUAUUUGGUGGCAGUUGUUGUUGGAUUGUUUGAUUAUGUGGAAGAUCACACAUCUGAUGGGAUCAAAGUUCGAGUAUAUUGUCAGGUAGGUAAGGCAGAUCAAGGGAAAUUUGCGUUGGAUGUUGCUGUGAAGACACUUGGAUUAUACAAAGAAUACUUUGCAGUGCCUUACUCUCUUCCCAAAUUGGAUAUGAUUGCAAUCCCUGAUUUUGCUGCUGGGGCCAUGGAGAAUUAUGGUUUAGUUACAUACCGGGAAACAGCUUUGCUCUACGACGAACGGCAUUCUGCAGCUGCCAAUAAGCAGAGGGUUGCAACUGUCGUAGCCCAUGAAUUGGCACACCAGUGGUUUGGCAAUCUUGUAACAAUGGAAUGGUGGACUCAUUUAUGGCUGAAUGAGGGGUUCGCAACAUGGGUUAGCUAUUUAGCAACUGAUAGCUUGUUUCCAGAAUGGAAAAUAUGGACUCAGUUUCUUGAUGAAUCCACAGAGGGUCUGAGGCUUGAUGGGCUUGCAGAGUCACACCCCAUUGAGGUGGAGAUAAAUCAUGCUAGUGAGAUCGAUGAAAUUUUUGAUGCCAUAAGUUAUAGAAAAGGUGCAUCUGUUAUCCGGAUGCUGCAAAGCUAUCUUGGUGCUGAAUGCUUUCAGAGGUCACUUGCUUCAUAUAUAAAAAAACAUGCUUGCUCAAAUGCCAAGACAGAAGACUUAUGGGCUGCUCUUGAGGAGGGAUCUGGUGAGCCUGUGAACAAACUAAUGAAUUCGUGGACAAAGCAAAAGGGAUACCCAGUUGUCUCUGUGGAAAUCAAAGAUCAGACAUUGGUGUUUAAGCAGUCGCAAUUUUUGUCAAGUGGUUCCCAUGGGGAUGGGCAAUGGAUUGUCCCUAUAACAUUAUGCUGUGGCUCAUAUGAUGCGCGCAAGAAUUUUCUACUGCAGACAAAAUCUGAAACUCUUAAUAUCAAAGAAUUCCUGAGUGAUAAAAGCAAUUCAGCAUCUGCUUGGAUAAAACUUAAUGUUGAUCAGGCUGGUUUCUAUAGGGUGAAAUAUGAUGAGGACCUUGCAGCAAGACUUAGAUAUGCAAUAGAGAACAAUUACUUAUCUGCAACAGACAGAUUUGGCAUUCUGGAUGAUUCAUUUGCCCUUUGUAUGGCUCGCCAGCAGUCUUUGACCUCAUUGCUAACCUUGAUGGGUGCUUACCGGGAGGAAGUUGAAUAUACCGUGCUGUCUAAUUUGAUUAGUAUAAGUUAUAAAAUUGUAAGAAUUGCAGCUGAUGCAACCCCUGAUUUAGUGGAUUACGUUAAACAAUUUUUCAUUAGCCUUUUCCAGUGUUCUGCUGAGAAGCUUGGUUGGGACCCUAAGACAGGUGAGAGCCAUCUAGAUGCAAUGUUGAGAGGAGAGGUUUUGAAUGCCCUUGCUUUGUUUGGACAUGAUCUGACACUAAAUGAAGCAAGCAGGCGUUUUCAUGCAUUCUUGGAUGACAAAAACACUCCACUCCUCCCUCCUGACACAAGAAAGGCAGCAUAUGUGGCUGUAAUGCGGAGGGUCAGCAACUCAAACAAAUUGGCUUUUGAAUCUCUUCUGAGAUUGUACAAAGAAACUGAUUUAAGCCAGGAGAAAACACGCAUCCUAAGUUCAUUAGCAUCUUCUCCAGACCCCAACAUAAUUCUUGAAGUUCUAAACUUUUUAUUGUCUUCUGAGGUUCGUAGCCAAGAUGCUAUUUUUGGACUUGCUAUAAGUAUGGAAGGACGUGAAACAGCUUGGACAUGGCUGAAGGAUAACUGGGAGCAUAUAUCAAAAACCUGGGGUUCCGGAUUUCUAAUAACUCGCUUCGUCAGUGCAAUUGCCUCUCCGUUUGCGUCAUUCGAGAAGGCCAAGGAAAUAGAGGAGUAUUUUGCAAGCCGCAGUAUGCCCUCUAUUACAAGAACUUUGAAACAGAGCAUUGAACGAAUUCACAUCAAUGCAAAUUGGGUUCAGAGUGUUCAAAAUGAGAAACAUCUUGCCGAGGCCGUGAAGGAGUUGGCACACAGGAAGUCCUAGGAAACACCUUAUUUGGCCUUGUUGUCAUUUUACAAGAAAGCAAGUGGAUCAAAUUUCCUUUGUUUUCAUAAAUUCAAAUAUGCCCUAACAAGUGAUUCCCGAGCAACAGCACUCUUAAUAAUAUUUUCUGGAGUCCGUUCUUAAUUAGGGUUUUGCCUUUAUUUUUCAUUUUUUCUUCCUGUUGUAUGUUGCGUGUAUGACAGCUGUAUGGAUGAAUUUAUUUUACCCCCUUCCAUAGAAGUUCAAAUUGCAUAUUA